AUAAGACCGGAUCCGGAAUGGAAUCUACAAAACCAUUCAUAACAUCCGUGAGGGUAACCUUGUGGAUUUACCGCUGCUUUGGUAUUUGGCGCGAAAAUAAUCAAUCAGCAUGGUACAAAACGUAUCGGUGGAUCUUCACGGUCCCUUUCUUGCACGUAUAUCUGCUAUCUAUGGUUAUCGGAGCGUUCCGGAAGAACAGUGAGGAGCUUUGGAAGGAUGAUCUUUUCAUUUUGUUGACAGAGUUUGCAAUGCUUGUCAAAACCGUUUCCACCUAUCGUAACUUCGAAGAAAUCGUCAAGCUACUAAAAAUAUCAGUUUCAGAACAAUUUUUACCGAUGUAUGAAAGGAAACAUCGAUCAAUUUUGCUAAAUUUAAACCAAAUUCUGAUGUCCUAUCUCAUCAUAAGCAUACUAACGGCUUUCACUACAUCGAUGCACAUUUUCCAAGGCAACUACAAACUGCCGACAUUCUCCUGGUUCUUCGGAAUCCCGUACGGUCCAGAUCAUCCCCUAAACUAUUACCUAAUAGCGUACUACCAAGUGUUCGGGAUGAUCGUCCACUGCAUGCUAAACGUUGCUGGAGACAUCCAGAUUGCUUACAUGCUGGCCACGGUUGGAAUCCAGCUGGAACAGCUUGAGCGAAGCUUCACCGGCUUGUCCCGGAUCGUGUUCCAGGACAAUCGUCGUCGCGAGUUUUGUCGCUGCGUAACACACUACCAGCGGGUUCGUCGCUUUGCUAAAGACGUCGAACGCAUCUACUCGGCACCGGUUUUUGUGCAAUUUUGCGUGAGUGGAAUCACGAUGUGCGCCACGGCAUUCAGGUUGUCAACUGUAGGUUACAACUCGAUUUAAUAUAUAUUCCGUAGAACUAAACUCCUUUCUCAAAACAGAUCAAUUUUACUCCUGAUAAUCAGCCCUUGAUCAUUGCCACGGUCAUGUAUCUUUGCUCGAUGAUGGUGGAAAUUUAUC